CGCGCUCCUUCGGCCCCGAACAAGCAUGGCGUCCGGGUUUGAGAGCGAGCGGCGUUUAGCGGCGCGGAAGGAAGAGAGGCGCCGCCAGCGUGAGGCGCUGCUGCAGCAGGCAAAAGCUGAUUAUGAAAAGGAAGAGCGAUGCAAAGAACUGAAGCGACUGCGAGGGGAGGAUACGUGGAUGCUCAGCGAUGUGAAUGCACGUGUGGAGGAGCUGGAGAAGGAACAUUCUGUUACCAAAAAGAAGAAAAAGGAGAAGCACUCGAAAAAAUCCAAAAAAGAAAAGAAGCAUAAAGCCGAAAAAAACGACGAUUCAUUCGAUAGUCCUUCAGAUUCUUCAGAAGAAUGGGUGGAGGCUUCUGUUUCAGACUCUUCUAGCACAGAAAAAGCUUGGACCGUAAAGAAAGAACAGCCCGGCACUAUAGAAAGCCCAGCAACAGUUCAGAGGGAUGAGUGGAUGUCCUUAAAUUUUAUGACUAUGAAAACGCUAUCUUCAGCAUCACUGAAGGCUGAAAAACAGAAAGACAAAUUAUGGGAGCAACAGAAAGCCCAAGCAAGUGAGCAGUCCCUGCUUUCUGAAAGAGAACUUAACCCUUACUGGAAGGAUGGUGGCACAGGUUUACCAUCAGAGGAGGAUAAUUCAAUAAAAGCGGCAGUUGUAGAAGAUGGUGGGUUAGGCUGGCUGAAGAAAUCAUACCAAAGAAUGAAGGAGCAGUCUGAGAGAGAGAACAGGGAUUUAGAAGAAAUCAUAGCUGAAAGAUACGGGUCAACAGAACUGUUUGAGUCAAGAUUAAAAGAAGCUGAGAGGGCUGCAAUCCAAAAAGGAAAUGAACGUCGAAAAUGGCAAAAAAGUGACUAUUCAAAGAAGGAGAUCCAUGUGAGACAAAGGAAGGACAAAGACAAGCAAGAGGAGAGGGAUGGAUACAAAGGAAAACCUAAGGACAGAGAUAACAAAGAUUAUUUUCAAGAGCCGAGAUAUUAUGUGAGAGAUAGACUAAGAGAAGAGAAAGAGCCAAGUCAUAGUAGUAAAGGAUCUGCAGUCAAAGAUUUUUCUUGUAGAACUGCACAAUAUUCCCAUCAAAGAAGUUGUGAGAAAUCAUUACCAAGCCCCAUGAAACCUGCAUUUUGGAAACCUGGUGAAGAUGGAGAGAAAGAAGUGCAGAGUUUUUCAUCAUCAAAAUUACAUACUCAUGGCUCUGCAACUUCUGGCUUCAGAAAGCCCAGCUAUGAUACUGAGGACAUUCCAGUGAGACGUGUCUUCAGAAAGCCUGAUUACAGUACCGAGGAUGUUCCAAGAUGGCGCCGAGCACAACCAAAGGAAGGAGAUGGGAAAGCCACCCUUGAUGAAAAACCACUCACAACUGAAAGGGCCACCCUUGAUGAAAAGCCAUCCAAAACUGAAAUGGCUAUUACCAGCAGGGAGAAUGAUCCGAGAGAAAAAAAGGAAGAGAUCACAGAAGAUGCAUUGGAAAACAAGGAGCCAUCCCAUAGUAAAUCAUCAUAUUUAGGCUCUGCUGCAAAGGAUGAAAGUCCCCGUAUUCUAAGUGAAGAGGAAAUGAACAGACUGGGAGCCAAGAUUGUGAAAGCAGAAUUGAUGGGAAACACGGAUUUAGCCGCAAAGCUUCAGACCCAGCUUGACAAUGCACGUAAGCUAAAAGAAAGCAGAGCACAGAUUCCGGCUAGAAAGUCUGAGGAGGCGACAACAGUCCCCCAAGAAGACUAUGACGUGAUCCUUCUGAGAACUGAUAAAGCUGGUAGAAGCUGGCCUGUGAAUUCUCCGGAAGAACCGAUGGAACCAAAAGGAGGAAGGAGGAAAAGACAGGCGGUCACUACUCACAUGGAUAAGGAAAGGGUCAGAUAUUUUCAGGACGAUGAUAAUCUGAGCCUGAAGGAUUUGGUCAGGAAUGAAAAAAUGAGAACGGCGGAGGAUCAAAAUAAGCUUUUCAUGAGAAUGGCUUCAAAGUUUCCAGAUAAAACUGACCGAGAGUACUACACGCUGGACGACAUGUUUGUUUCCAACGCUGCCAAGGGUGAGCGCAGCGGUGAGGAGGAGGAAAGGCAGAGGAGACAAGCCAUCCAGGAGCACCGGCAGCUCACCGCGUGCAUGGAGAAGUGUCCCCACUGCUUCGGUAGCCCUGAACUUCCGAAACAUCUGAUCAUUGCAAUUGGUAACAAGGUCUACUUAUCACUGCCAAACUACCAGUCCCUUACUGAAGGUCACUGCCUGAUUGUCCCUAUGCAGCACUUCACUGCAGCCACCCUUCUGGAUGAAGACAUCUGGGAAGAAAUCCAGGCGUUCAGAAAAACUUUGGUGAAGAUGUUUGAAGCUGAAGAACUGGACUGCAUCUUCCUCGAAACGCACCUGAGCACAAAGAGGCGAUACCACAUGGUGUACGAAUGCAUCCCUCUCCCGAGAGAAGUCGGGGACAUGGCUCCCAUCUACUUCAAGAAAGCUAUAAUGGAGUGUGACGAAGAAUGGUCCAUGAAUAAAAAGCUGAUUGAUUUGUCUUCAAAAGAUGUUCGCAGAUGUGUUCCAAAAGGCUUGCCCUACUUCUCUGUAGACUUCGGCCUGCAAGCAGGAUUUGCCCAUGUCAUCGAAGAUCAGCACAAAUUCCCUCUGUAUUUUGGAAAGGAAAUCAUUGGUGGCAUGUUGGAUUUGGAGCCCAGGCUUUGGCGUAAAGGACUGCGUGAGAACUUCGAGGACCAGCGUAAGAAGGUGCUCCAUUUUGCUCAGAGGUGGAAACCAUAUGAUUUCACCAGAAGCAAAGAUUGAUGAUCUAAACAGUGACUCAAUGCCGCUGGUG